UGUGUUCUGCAACUUCAAAUACCCGGGGACAAUUAUGUUGGCACUAUACUGUACUGCAUAGCCAAUAUUCAAGAGUGUCCCCCUGCCAUGUCUCUAUGACAGUUGCCUUUGUACUUUCAUCAUUCGAAGCAAUGAAAGCUCAUCUGUCAAGAUCUCAUAAUGAUUCAUGUAGAGUAGAUGCAACUGAAGGAGCAUGUGGUUUUUUUACAUGUCCUUUGUGUAACUUCAAGCAGCCCUUUUCUGAGGAAAUUCUAUUGGGUCAUUUGAGAAGUAAUUUAUGAAGUCAUGAGAUGGUAGCAUGCCCAUUCAAGAAUUGUAAUUACAGAACAAAUAGCUACUCAGCGUUUAAUGCACACAAAAGUAGAAAAGAUGGUGGUGAUUCAGACUUUGGUGAAGGUGUUGUAUUGGCAGGCAAUGAUAGUGCCCCAGUUGUAGUUGCAGCAGAAAGUCUUGGGGAACAUGCUGAAAGUCACAGUGCAGGGUCUGCAGACACAUUUGAUCUUGAUGAGGUAAACAGUCAGUGUGACACAGACACUUUAAGAGCCCAGUUGAACCAUAACUUGGCAUCGUUAUUCCUAAAGAUGCAAUCUAUUCUUCAUGUAUCUGACAUGGCAUCUCAGGAAAUAGUGGAACAUUUGACUCAGAUAUUUUCCUUGUCCCAACCGAUACUCAAACAUGACAUUAGAGAGGUCUUACAGAAUCAUGACAUCACUGUCAGUGAAACACUUCUAAAUGAUGUUGUCAGUACUGUUAUGGACAGUAAAAUUAUUGUCAGUGCCACAGCUAAGGGGAAGCAGUUAUCCUCAACCAAGAGAAGGAAAACCUUCAUCGAAAAUAAUUACCCUGUGGUAAAGCCUGUACAGUAUCUGCUACAGCCAGGACACACAGCAGUGCAUGUUCCCAUUCUGGAGAUGAUACAAAAAAUCUUCAAUCAUACAGAUAUUCUGGACAAAAUUAAAGAAACAAAAGUGGCACAAAACAGUCAUUAUGUAAGCCACCAAGAUGGUUUGUACUUCAAAGAGAACACAUUCUUGUCUUCAGAUGAGUUAAAGAUAACACUCCUUUUGUACAUUGAUGAUUUGGAAAUAGCCAAUCCACUUGGCACAUCACGCAAAAUACACAAAAUCUGUUCAGUAUACUGGACACUUGCUGAUCUUGCCAGUAAAUACCGAUCAGCCCUGCAUGUAAUUCAGCUUGCAGCUUUAUGUAAAGUGGCUGACAUACAGACAUUUGGCUAUGAAAAAGCACUUGGUCCUUUGUUGAGAGACCUCCGUACCCUUGAACAAGAUGGGGUAUUCAUUGAGUCUAUUGGUAAGGUAGUUCAAGGAACAGUCAUGUGUGUGGUGUCUGACAAUCUUGCAGCCCAUGAUUUGGCAGGCUUUUCAAAGUCUUUUAGAGCAGAAUAUUUUUGCAGAUUCUGCACAGCGACACAAGCUAAACUUCAGACUCAUGAAGUUGCAAGUGGCAAGUUCAGUCUUAGGACAAAAGACAGCCAUAAUAGUGAUGUGCAUGCUGUAAUGCAUGGGGAUAGAGUCAGAAUGGUGUUCAGGCAGAUUGUAUCCUGAGCCAGCAUCUAGAGCAUUUUCAUACGGUCACUGGCUUUCCACCUGAUGCCCUCCACAAUCUUUUUGAGGGCAUUGUGCCCGUAGAGCUCGCCCUGUGUAUCGGAGAGAUGAUCCGUUGCAAAUACUUCACCCUUGAAUAUUUGAACGAGAGAAUUCUAUCGUUUCCAUACCAGCACACAGACAAGCUUGACAAACCUCAUAAAAUACCACAGACCUUUGCUGUAAAGAAAAGCAUAGGUGGUAAUGGCCACGAAAAUGCCACAUUGCUUAGACUGCUCCCUUUGAUUAUUGGGAAUAAGGUUCCUGAAGAGGAUGGAGCAUGGACUGUGCUAAUGGACUUAAAAGAGGUAGUAGAGUUAUCACUCUGCACAGAAUUCACAGAGGAGUCCAUCCAGUAUUUACAGUCCAAGAUACAGGAUCAUAGAGAGAUGCUGAAAGAAGCCUUUCCAGAUUUCAAACUCCGUCCUAAGCAUCACUACAUUGAGCACUAUCUUGACCUUGUACGCCGUUUUGGGCCCCUUGUACACUUGUGGACAAUGAGGUUUGAGGGUAAACACCGUUUUUUCAAGAGAGUUGUACACGACACACAAAACUUUAAAAAUGUGUUAAAAACACUUGCAGACAGGCAUCAAUACAUGGUAGCAUACCAUCUCAGUGCCUCAGGAUUCUUCAAACCUCAUCAGCAGACGUCAAAUGUCUCUUCUGUACUGGUAUCAAUGCUUCCAAAUGUUGCCAAGACAUACAUUGAACAAAAAACAGCAAGCAAUGUUAUUUACAGCACAUCAAAGGUCUGCAUUGAUGGAACUGAUUAUGCUGUAGGAAUGUUUUUGUCCGUGGGACAAGAGGGAGGACUGCCUAAUUACUGUAGAAUUGAACAGGUUCUCCUGGUUAACAGUAGUGUUGUCUUUCUUUGCCAAGAGCACACAUCACACUACAUUGAACACCUGAGAUCUUAUGAACUUUUCCCAAACAAUCUGGCUGUUCACACCCCAUCAGAGCUAAAUGACAAAAUACCUAUCUGCGCUUACAACAUAGAUGGAAGGUUGCUCUUGACACCCAAACGUUUCAUAGUAUUACACUGAAGAUUUGCUGAACCAAGUAAACAGAUGACUGCAACAUUCUCUUGUAGCUGUGCAGACCAGUAGGUCCAUGAAUAAACUGCCCCACUACAGCAGCUGGCCUUCCAUACAUCCCAUCGUUCAAGUGGUGUCCCAGUGUUUGUGUAUUAUGUGGACAUGAAUAUGUUGUGUGUGUCACUUUCUCUCCAUGAAAAUUAACAUGUUUUUGUCUUUUAGGAAUCAAAAGAUGGCUGCUGCCCAGAAGCAUGUACUGCGUGUUUAUGUUGCACAAGACACCGCCCUGAAACUUACUCUUCUUGAGCGACCAAAGUCAGUGGAGGAGCUGAAAGAAAUAAUGCAAGAGAGGUUCAAGCCGAGACUGGAUGGGGACUUUAGCCUGCACUAUGAGGAUCCAGACUUUGAUGGUGUCUUGUGGACAUUCAGGAGUUACCAGAGAAGGGCACAUUGAGAGUCGUCAGACCUGAAGGUGACACCUCAUCUACUGCAUCUUCUGACACAGACAUUCUCCCACAUGUACCUGUGUUACAGCGCCAGAAAAGUUGGCCUGAUCACUUUGUUGUUCCUGGUUUUGGUUAUGAAAUGGAGCAUAUACUAGAAGAAGGAAAUCGUGUUUAUGAAGAAUCAGGAAAAUUGCUGAAGUUAAAGAGGUCACAGAAGAGUGAAAUCCUUAAACAAAUGGCAGAAACGAUCUACAGUUUUAAACCAUACCCACAUGAAAAGGAAUUGGCAAUGGCUGCUCAAGCUUUGAUUACAGCUCAUCCAUGUCUCAGAAUGACUGCUGGUGAAGACGGGGAUUUGGGAUGGAAACGUCACAUAGGGUACAAGGUUGCUUCUUACCGUAACAAUCUGGCCAAAGCUGGGGUUGCAGAAGUUGCCAUCAACACAGGGAGGCGGAGCCGAAACAACCCUGACAAUGAUCACCCCCAUAAAAACAUAAAAAAAGCUUGAAAAGCUGAGGUUAACUACAUCAUCAACCUACCGAAGGAUCAAACCCCAGCCACUCUGGAAACAAUGAGAGAAGAAAUCAUACAUGAAGUUGAAAAGACUGAGAGAAACCAAUUAGUCAUAGGCCGGCUCAUGAACACAACCUAUGCCCUUUGUCGCCAAGAAAUCGUUGGAGCUCUUGUAGCUCCACGGGUGAGAGACAUCGUGGACAGAUGGCCAGCCCUACUUAUGGAGUCACAGGUUUUUGCAGAGUUCCACCGAAUCAACAACGUUAACCUGCGCAAUCAAUUCUUGUAAAAAGCUGGACAGACACACGCCUAAACUCAUCACCUUGUUCAGAGACAAGGCCACCAAAACUGGCAAGAUAGCGGAGGAGCUAGCCAAGCUCAUGAGGAUUUAUGACCUUCAGGAACAACGUGAUGUAAAUAUGAGACGGGCCCUCGUCCUUCGUGCACUUCCUGUGUACCUGCGUGAAGAUGCCUCCAAGUUUUUCAGGACCUGUAAUUCAGCAGAUGGUCCAGACCUCACUGACACUCCGGUGGCUCUGACAGUCGUCACGGAUGACACUACUGAUGGCCCUCUUCAGCCCUGAGAGCAUCUGUAUUGUCGUGGAGGAUAAAAUACUUGUGAGUGGUCCCACAAAUCUGGCUGACUCAUUUCUCCUGCUCUUUGGGUACGUCUAUGCACUAGACCUACAGUACCCAAAGAAUCUUGAGCUUACAUUCAUAUUUAUCCAAAAAGUUGUGAUGUGUCUUGAGGACAACAAACCACUGAAAGGGCGUCUACUGACACUGAAGAAUGAUUUGUUCAAUGAGUGAAUCACUCAGAAUGGACUAUUUGUUGAGCAUUGAGUAUUGAGGAAGUUUUUUGUUUUUUUCCCCUCUUUACAAAUGUAAUAAUUUGCCUCUUCUACCUCAGAUUUAAGAUGUAACACUGUUUGACUCUUCUACCUCAGAUUUAAUACAUUGAUUGUUAA